AUAAACUUAGACCCUCGGAUUAAAAAACAUAAAAAGAUCCGUAAUACUUGUCACCGGCGCUGCCGGUCAUCUCACUUAUUCAAUUAGUUUUAUUGUUCCCGUAUAAGCACACACGAAGGCUUUAGGGUUUUUUCCUCCUAUUAUUGCUUAAUCUGCAGUCCCGAGUCUAAAUAAUCUCAAGCUUCAUCUUCGUUGCGGCCGCCGUUGUAGCUGUACGUAUCCUUGCUCAUCAAGUAGACGACAAUCGCCUGCUUUGGAUCACUCCCAGCGUGCACUUGCUUCCACCGUCGUGAUUGUACGGUCCUUGUUUAUCGAGCUUCGUCGGAAAUCGACUGGCUAGGCUCCCUCCCGGCGUGCGCUUACGUACCUGAGAUCGCAGCCGCAGCGUGGUGAUAAUUGUGGUUGCAUGCUGGAUAGUUAUUAGGCGCUGAAGCCUUAAGGUGCUUGCUCAAUCUCUUCGGCUGACGUCGCUACAUGCUAGAUAAAAAAGAAAAGGAAGAAAAAACUGCGGUAAAGGGAACUAGGAAGGUAUAUUUGAGUAGCCGUUGUGGCGUACACCAAUUUUGUGAGCUCAUCGACAAUUUAUGUGAUGGAAAAAAGAGGGCCAUUGAAGAAAGUGGAUUUGGUGCACUCUUGCACUUGAAGAAGCAUAAAUUGAAGUUGAAUCUUUUGGAGCAAGAACACACGGAUACCUUCUGCUUCUGGACAUUUUGCUUUGUUGUGCUUAGGCUUACCGCAUUUGCUGCACUUUCUCUCCUUCUUCUUAACAUUGCGAUCAACAUGUGUUGUUCCUUUUGUUUUCACUAUGUCUGGGUCUCCCACAUCCCCAUAUUUCCUUCUCACAGGGCAAGGCUUGUUUUGGUCACUGAGUUUCUGAAGUGAUGUUGAUAGUCGAGUUAGCUCUUCUGAAGCUUUAUCGAAGCACCCUCCUGAUUUGGAACCCAGCUGAAAAUUUUUAUAACCCUUAGCAACUAAAAUCGCCAUG